AUGAUGAUAAAGAAAUUCAAAGAUGAAUGUAAUAAAUAUUGAUAUUUUUACAUAGAAAACAAAGUUAUAUAGGAGUUUAAUCAAAAUUUAACUUAAAAAAAUAAGAAUUAUAGGAGGCAUUAAACAAGCUUGAUUAAAUUAAUAAAGUUAAGUUAAAAUGAGAAAAAUAAAAUAAAUUGGAAUUAGAAAAAGUAUAUUUCUAAUCAAUUUAUUAUAUUAUUUUUCGAUUCAAUUAUAUAACAAAUCAUUAUUAUAUUCAAAUACUUAUAAGCAUACUAAUUGUUAAGUAAGUGAAGGAGGAAAAGUUGUGGAAAUUAGCAAUACUUCUUGGUGUUUUUGUCUUUGUGAAUAAGCAAUUCCAAAGACUGGGAAAAUAUAGUUUGCAUUUUAAAUGAUAAGUGGAUCAAGUUUUAUAGUUGAAAUAGGAUUUAGAGAGAUUAUGUAGAAAAAUAAUUAUUAUGAUUGUAAUAAAACUGGGUAUGUGUAUAUAUUUAUAUUCUAAUAGAACAUAUUUAAUAAAAGAAGAUUGUUAUACUUAUUCUCAUCAUACCAAAAAUCUAUAAAGUAAAAUUAUCAUUCUAAUUUACAAAUAAUGA